AUGCACAGUUACCUUGAAGCGGCUAUAGCUACCACACUACUCCAAAUUUUGUUUUCCUUCUCAGCCGUGAGCGGCGUCAGCUGGGAGGAAUGGUGGACCUACGACGGUAUUUCAGGUCCAGCGUUCUGGGGUUUGAUCAAUCCAGAAUGGUCUUUAUGCAACAAAGGCCGGCGGCAAUCACCGGUGAACCUCGAGCCGGAAAAAUUGCUCUUCGACCCCAACCUUCGCUUUUUACACAUAGAUAAACAUAGGAUAAACGGAUUAAUUAGCAAUACGGGUCACUCAGUCAUAUUUACGGUCGAAAAUGAGACUCGUCAUCAUAUAAAUAUAACCGGCGGCCCUCUAUCGUACAAGUAUCAAUUCCAUGAGAUACAUAUUCAUUACGGACUUCACGAUCAAUUUGGAUCCGAGCACGCCAUCAAUGGAUAUUCAUUUCCCGCCGAGAUACAAAUAUUUGGAUUCAAUUCGCAACUUUAUUCGAACUUUUCUGAAGCUUUGCAUAAAGCUCAAGGAAUCGUAUCGAUAUCAUUGCUAUUACAACUUGGGGAUUUGUCAAAUCCAGAACUAAGGAUAUUGACGGAAGAGCUGGAAAAUAUUAAAUACGGAGGCGCCGAGAUGCCUGUAAACAGAUUAUCAGUUCGAGGCCUGCUACCUGAUACGGACUACUACAUGACCUAUGACGGGUCAACGACGGCUCCGGCGUGUUUUGAGACCGUGACGUGGAUAAUAAUUAACAAACCCAUAUAUAUCACCAAACAACAGCUUCACGCCUUAAGACGUCUUAUGCAAGGUGACGCCCGUCACCCAAAAGCUCCUCUUGGAAACAACUUUAGACCACCUCAACCCCUUCAUCAUCGAGCCGUUAGAACAAACAUUGAUUUUGAUUUAAGCAAGUAUCCUGGGAAAACUUGUCCAAGCAUGCACCGGGACAUGCAUUACAAAGCCAAAACUUGGACGCAGUAUUAA